AAAAAAAGAAAAAAAAAAGCGUGCCAAGAGGGGAAAAGAAAGUGACCGCCCAUUUAGCGCACAGCUGAGAGGAAGCCCUUGAAGGCAGCCACACAGAACAGGCAAAACUGACGAAACGUAACAUAAAGCGUCGCCUAUUACCAACCAGCCGAGCAGCUCACAGCCGAAUAGUUGACCUGCCGAACAAGUGACUAUCUGAUCAAUUGAAGGAACCUUUUUUUUUUCCACCCCGCUGCAAGUUUGGAAAGAUGUCCAUCCACCUGCUGAACAAGAAGGCGGACAGCCUCCGCUCCACGAACGUGCUGCUGACCAAUAUAAACGCGAGCAAAGGAAUGUAUGAAAUAAUAAAGAGCAACUUGGGUCCCAAGGGGAGCUACAAAAUGCUUGUGAGUGGCUCCGGGGCUAUCAAAAUUACCAAGGAUGGAAAUGUUCUGCUUAACGAAAUGAUGAUUCAACACCCAACAGCUAGCAUGCUGAGUCGAAUCUGCUCCUCAAUCGAUGAGACGUUAGGAGAUGGGUCCAGCAGUAACCUCAUCGUAGCGACGUCCCUAAUAUACCUAUCAGAGAAGUACAUUCUGUAUGAAAGUAUUCACCCAAGGAUUAUCACCCAAGGGUUCGAUCAAGCGAAGGAGAUUCUUCUACACGUACUAGAUUCGAUGAAGAUACCAAUAAAUGUGAAGCAACAAUUCGAUAAGGAACUACUUUACAACGUUGCGAAGACGUGCGUUCGAACGAAACUGCCCAUCCCAUUGGCAGAUAAGUUGGCAGACGAUUUAGUGGAGAGCGUAAAAAUUAUUUACAACCCGGAGAAGCAGAUAGAUCUUCACAUGGUCGAAAUAAUGGAUAUAAAAAAAAAUAUGAGCAUAAACACAAAGUUGGUGAGAGGGAUGGUUUUAGACCAUGGAUGUAGGCAUCCCAAUAUGCCAAACAAACUUACCAAAUGCUUCACCCUAGUGCUGAACGUUAGCUUGGAGUAUGAAAAGAGUGAAGUCUUUUCGUCAUUUGUUUAUUCCAAUGCGGAGGAUAGAGAUAAGCUGGUCGAAUCGGAAAGGAAAUUCACAGAUGAUAAGGUGAAGAAAAUUAUUGAGCUGAAAAAAAGCAUCAUAGAAAAAAAGUUUAAAGAAACCAACGAAGUGUACAACUUUGCUGUGUUCAAUCAGAAGGGAAUCGAUCCCAUCAGCUUGGACCUGUUGGCAAAGGAAAAUAUUAUGGCCCUGAGACGAAUUAAGAGAAGAAACCUAGAACGCAUAGUCCUCUGCUGUGGUGGAAAUGCCUGCAACAAUGUCUACGAUUUGACAGAGGAAGAUGUAGGUUAUGCAGGACUCGUCUACGAAAUAUGCAUCAACGAUGAGAAAUAUACCUUCAUUGAAGACGUGGUGAACCCUAAGAGCUGCACCUUGUAUAUUCAAGCCCCUAAUGACUACACCAUUAAGCAAAUAAAGGAUGCCAUUCGAGAUGGACUUAGGAGUAUAAAGAAUGCAAUCGAAGAUCAGUGUGUUAUUUCUGGCGCUGGGUCUUUUGAAAUUAUGGCCUAUUGUAAACUAAAAGAGGAAGAGAAAAAAAUGAAAGGAAAACAAAAGUUCUCUUUCGAUGUUUAUGCAAAUAGCUUGCUCAAUAUUCCUAAGAUUCUCCUCGAAAAUAGUGGACUCGAUAUUCAUGAGAAGCUUUUCAAUGUGAUCGACAAAUACAUGGCCGACCAGUCAGAACCCCUUGGACUCGAUUUGGAUACUGGCGAACCCAUUAUCGCCCAUUUGAAGGGCAUAUAUGACAACUACUGUGUGAAGAAGCAAAUCAUCUCCAUCGCUACGGCCAUUUCGCAGCAGAUCCUCCUCGUCGACGAGAUCAUACGCGCGGGAAAGUCCAUGGGCGAGGAGAAGUAA